GCACUGUCAAACGUUUGGUGGCGCGUUCAGGACACGUAUCUGAUAAGUGACGACGAAGACGAGCGAACGACGAGAAUGACAGCCGUCGUGGACGAGUGGCGCGACGUUACCGAGGUUUCGCGAGUCUCGCGAGAACGUUCCGAACGACCUUGUAUGAAGAUUCUCGCGUGUUCACCGGGUUCGCGGGCGCGAUUUCCUCGCGGAUGAUUCGCGAGGGAUCGGCAUGUUCGGGCUACGCGCGCCUUUCGGUCGCGGGCGACGUGCAGCUACGGGGAUGCGCGCCGCGUGUCUCCCAGUGAUUACGCGGGGGUCGACGCGUCUUCGCGACGACACCUGCGGCUCGACGAUGUCGGAUCGUCGUGUCGCGAUGAGCUAGCGAUGGAUCAGAGGCGGAACAAGCUGACAAAUACCUCGUUUUUCGACGAGCUCUGAAAUCUCCUCCUGUUGUCGGCCAUCUUAGCACCAGUCACUGACUCACAAUGCACGCUGGGUAAAAACAAACGCGCCGUCGUCAUGUCGCGGCGCUCCGGUGCGCUACGUCAGCGCCACCUGCUGAGUCGCAACGGAAGUAUGUGACGUGUCAGCUGUCCGGCGCCUGUCAGUUAUGCAACGUGCGCAGAGUCCUCGUAAAAAUGAGUGAUCGCACCGUCGUGAUUGUUUCGGCUGUCAGGACACCCAUAGGAUCAUUCUGUGGGUGCUUGUCUUCCUUGAAGGCAUCAGAAAUGGGAAGUAUUGUUAUUAAAGAAAGUCUGAUAAGAGCUGGAUUAGAAGGAACAGAUGUUAACGAAGUCAUCAUGGGUCAGAUACUUACUACAGGAGAAGGCCAAAAUCCUGCAAGACAAGCAGCAAUCAAUGCUGGAAUACCUAUUCAUGUUCCUGCUUAUCAAGUAAACAUGUUAUGUGGUUCUGGUCUAAAGUCUAUAAUAAAUGGUUAUUCUUCUAUAAAAAUGGGAGAAAGUGAUAUAAUUGUAGCUGGUGGUCAAGAAAGCAUGAGCAGAGCACCGCAUGCCAUGUAUCUUAGAAAUGGUGUAAAAUUUGGGAAUUGUAAUUUACUUGAUACAUUGCUAGAUGAUGGUUUAACAGAUGCUUUCCAUAAUAUUCACAUGGCAAUCACAGCUGAAAAUAUUGCUGAAAAAUAUGGAAUAAGUAGAGAGGCACAGGACUCCUAUGCAAGUAAAUCUCAGCAGAAGGCAGAGAAUGCUAUUAAUGCUGAAUAUUUCGCCAAAGAAAUUAUUCCAGUAACCAUUGCAAAUAAAAAAGAAUCUAUUGUCAUUUUUAAGGAUGAAUUCCCGAAAUUUGGAACAACAACGGAGAAACUUGCAAAAUUAAGACCAGCAUUUAGACCAAAUAAUGGAACCGUUACUGCUGGUAAUGCAUCUGGUAUAAAUGAUGGUGCAGCUGCUGUAGUUCUUAUGUCUCAAGAAGUUGCUGAAAGUAAAGGAAUUUCAUCAUUAGCCAAAAUUGUUGCAAUAGCACAAGUUGGAGUUGAUCCUCAAAUUAUGGGUAUUGGCCCAAUUGAAGCUGUUAAAUUAGUCUUAAAGAAAGCUAAUUGGUCAAAGGAGGAAGUGGAUUUUUAUGAGCUGAAUGAGGCCUUUGCAGCACAAGCAAUUGUAUGUAUUCAAGAACUAGGACUGGAUCCCGAGAAAGUUAAUGUAAAUGGCGGUGCUAUAGCUUUAGGUCAUCCUAUUGGCAUGUCUGGAACAAGAAUAUUGGUCACCCUGUUACACACUUUAGAAAGAACUGGAAAGAAAAAAGGUGUUGCAUCGUUGUGCAUAGGAGGAGGAAUGGGUAUUGCUUUGGCUGUCGAAAGAAAAUAACACAAAAAUGUCUUCUUUAUUUAUAUAUAUAAAUCUUAUAUGAAAUUCUAUAUGAAGAUAUCUUAUAUGAAGUUUAUUAAAUUUUUAUUAAAGUUUUUCUUGAUAAUAAUGGCAUUCCUCUUAUGCUAAAUGUUGAAUAAUGUGAUCAGACAUUUAUUAUGAAAUUAUAUAAUAGAAACUUCUAGUGCUCAAGUUGCUUGUUUAUUGAAACAUGCAACUAGUAUUUUGUUAUCCAGUUCUUUUUUUAGGAGAAUAAUGUAAUUAAAUUAAAUAUUUUUACAAUAUA